AUGUUGGCUAAAACUGUGUUUGCUGUAUUGGCAGCCUCGUUGACCUCGGUUGUAGCAAGCGGCAACCAAGUCGCGUUAUACUGGGGCCAAAAUGGUGCUGGUGGUCAAGAACGAUUGUCGUACUAUUGUCAAGAUGCUGGAGUCGACAUUGUCUUGUUAUCCUUCUUGAAUGACUUCCCCGACCCCACCAACGUCAAUUUCGCCAACCAGUGCGGCAACCAAUAUCCUUCUGGUUUGUUGCACUGUUCGCAAAUCGGAGAAGAUAUCAAGACCUGUCAAGCCUCGGGCAAAAAAGUCCUUUUGUCUUUAGGUGGCGCUGCUGGUACUUAUGGGUUCAAUACUCCCGCCGAUGGUGCUGCUUAUGCCGACGUCUUGUGGAACAAGUUUGGUGCCGGCACUGAAGACAGUGAGAGGCCGUUCGAUGAUGCUGUUGUCGAUGGAUUCGACUUUGAUAUUGAAUUAGGUUCCGACGUUGGAUACCCCGAGCUUGCCCAAGCAUUGCGUUCAAAAUUCAGGAGGCAAAGUGCAAAGAGCUACUACUUGUCAGCAUCACCACAAUGUCCUUACCCCGACUCCAAAGUUGGAGCAUUGAUGGCUCAAGAACAACUUGAUUAUGCAUUCAUCCAGUUUUACAACAAUUAUUGUUCAGCCAAUGGUGACUUUAAUUAUGACACUUGGGCAAAUUAUGCAGCUGGUGCCCCUAACCCAAACAUUGAAUUGUUUGUUGGUUUGCCAAGUACAGGCAAUAUUGAUGGAUAUGUUGACGCUGACAAGGUCGGUGAGAUUGUUCAAGAAAUCAGCUGCAAUCGUAACUUUGCAGGUAUUUCAUUAUGGGACGCCUCUGGAGCUUGGUUAAAUGCCAACAAUGAGGGUCAGAAUUUCGUUGCUCAAGUCAAAGAUCAGUUGAAUCAACACAGCUGCGCGGCUACUACUACCUCCACUGUUAAUGAAACUAGUGAGUCAGCCAAUGAGACCAGCGAGGUUCCUCCAGUGGAUGAAACCAGUGAAAACGACACUCAAACCACCACUGACGCCACCACCGCCAACACCGCCACCACCGCCACCACCACCAGCACCACCAACGCUGCUGCUAACGAGACUUCAGACGAACCGGAAAGUCAAGCUACCGUCACUGCCACCACCGACGCUGUUGACGAGACAUCAGAAGACUCAGAAACUCAAGUCUCCACUGUUGCUCCUGGACAAUCAUCAGUGCCCACAACUGUAUAUGACCCAACUUCAUCAGUUCAAGCAACCGUCGGAUACCAAAACAGCACCAACGUCGAAACAACCGCUUUACCACCAACGGCAGUUGCACCUGGCGCAGCAAGCGGCACGAGCGGCACAAUCAGCACAAUAACAGCAGUCGGCACAACCGUCAUUACAAUCACUUCAUGUUCCAACAACGUCUGCACCCACGUACCAGUGACCACGGGCAUUGUCACCGUGACACAAUUGGAUACCACAUACACUACCUUCUGUCCAUUGACUGCAUCCACCUCCCUCGCACCAGGAGCCGCAUCUGCUCCGGGUGCUGAUAACCACAACAAACAGAUUGUAAGCAACAUCAAAACCACCGUGCUUACAAUCACCUCAUGUGAAAACAACUACUGUCAAAUUGCCCCCGUCACUACGGGAGUUCAAGUUGUCACUGACGCUGGAACAGUGUACACCACUUAUUGUCCAUUACCUGCCACAUCCGCCGCCACCGCGGCUGCUGCCUCAUCUGCAAUCCAUGAAGAAGAUGAAACAAGUUACGUUACUGUUCACUCGACAGUUUAUACCUAUCUCCCUACCUCAGUGGCUGCUGCUCAGGAAUCAGCAUCAACCUUAACAGCUGGUGUGCCUGUUGUUCAGCAGCUGACAGGAGCCCAAAAUGGAACCGAGCCUGCAGUUGAACCUAUACCUGUUUAUGAGGGCGGUGCCUCUGUUUUGAACUCGGGUGUAGUUUUCAGUGUGGCUGCUGUCUUGGUUGGCAUGGCUUUGUUCUAG